CUGGCUCCUUGUCUCUGCAGAAAAACCAGCUCUGGGAGCCUCUCCCAGCGGCAGGGGCACCCCGCUUCCCAGGUGCAGGGCCGGGCAGCCAGCAGCAGUCCUUCCCCACGCCUGGCAGGGUCGGCUCUGGACGAGGUGCUCCUGGGGAAGGGGAUUCUGGACGUCACCUUGGACGUGGGGCAUGGUGGCGGCUGCUGAGCCCUGGUGGAGACAAGGUCGUUGAGGGCGGCCCUCUCCCCCCGCGUGGCUCAGGCACUCAGGCACUGGGGGCUCCCCAGGCCUCCUCGCUCCCGCUGGGCUUGUGCUGGUUUUGCCACUUCUGCGUUUCUGCUCGCUGCUGUUCUGGAGUUUGUCCUCCUGGCAUCGCCUUUUGGAAGCAAGUCCAGGGGCACUUAGUCUUAGAUGAGAAGUGUGGAUUCCUCUUCCUCGAAAACAGCGUUCCCAGCCAUUUUCCUGCCUUGGCACCUGCGGGCCCGCGCGCCGGCCAUGGCCUUAGGGCCCAGUGCCAGUGAGUCUCAGCUGGCGCCCUUGGGAAAGGCGGCAGCGUGAGCUGUGUUGAGGGGCCUUCAGGAUGUGGCAGUGACACUAGCUGUCACUGACCUAGACUUAGUCUGAGCCGGGCGCUGGGUGCUCAGGGCGGACACCCUCAGUCACUGUCAGAACAGCACUUCCUCUGAGGAGGCUGCGCUGCCUGGCCGGCAGGUGCCAAGCUGGCCGUCACCCUCAGGCAGCCUGACUCUGAGCCUGUGCUCCCCACCUCUCUGCCGCGUCCCGCCUCUCUGGUCGCUCUGCACUGCCACCUGGAAGGCACCAGCCCCAUGGGGCCAUCUUCAUCAGACCUUGUUCUGCGGGAGCAGCAGUGCCUGGUGGUGUGCUGUGCGAAGCCCCAUCACAUGGCCUUCGAUGUGGUGGAGAGGAGCUUCCUAGAGUCCAUCGAUGACGCGUUGGCAGAGAAGGCGAGCCUCCAGUCCCAGCUGCCUGAGGGCGCCCCUCAGCACCAGCUGCCCCCUCAGUAUCAGAAGAUCCUCGAAAGACUCAAGACGUUGGAGAAGGAGAUUUCGGGAGGAGCCAUGGCCGUGGUGGCGGUCCUUCUCAACAACAGGCUCUAUGUCGCCAAUGUCGGUACGAACCGUGCGCUUUUAUGCAAAUCCACGGGGGAUGGUCUUCAGGUGACACAGUUGAACGUGGACCACACCACGGAGAAUGAGGAUGAGCUCUUCCGGCUCUCACAGCUGGGUUUGGAUGCAGGAAAGAUCAAGCAAGUGGGCGUCAUCUGUGGGCAGGAGAGCACCAGGCGCAUUGGGGACUACAAGGUCAAAUACGGCUACACUGACAUCGACCUACUCAGCGCUGCCAAGUCCAAGCCCAUCAUCGCAGAGCCUGAAAUCCACGGUGCACAGCCCCUGGAUGGGGUGACUGGCUUCCUGGUGCUGAUGUCUGAGGGGCUGUACAAGGCCCUGGAGGCAGCCCACGGGCCUGGGCAGGCCAACCAGGAGAUCGCCGCAAUGAUCGACACGGAGUUCGCCAAGCAGACGUCCCUGGAUGCAGUGGCCCAGGCCGUGGUGGACCGGGUGAAGCGCAUCCACAGUGACACCUUCGCCAGUGGCGGGGAGCGUGCCAAGUUCUGCCCAAGGCACGAGGACAUGACCCUGCUGGUGCGGAACUUUGGGUACCCCCUGGGAGAGAUGAGCCAGGCCGCACCCACCCCAGCCCCAGCUGCAGGAGGACGCGUGUACCCCGUAUCAGUGCCUUACUCAAGCGCCCAGAGCACCAGCAAAACCAGCGUGACCCUGUCCCUCGUCAUGCCCUCCCAGGGCCAGCUAGUCAACGGGGCCCACAGCGCCUCCACCCUGGACGAAGCCACUCCCACCCUCACCAACCAGAGCCCGACCCUGACCCUGCAGUCCACCAACACGCACACCCAGAGCAGCAGCUCCAGCUCUGACGGGGGCCUUUUCCGCUCCCGGCCCGCCCACUCGCUCCCGCCCGGCGAGGAUGGCCGCGUCGAGCCUUACGUGGACUUUGCGGAGUUCUACCGCCUCUGGAGCGUGGACCAUGGCGAGCAGAGUGUGGUGAUGGCGCCGUAGCCCAGCCGCGGAGUGCAGCCCGAGCAGGACCUUGCCUGGGGACGGGGCCCAGCUCCGGCAGGACGGGCCUUUUCCUGCCAUUUGCCUGUGCCCCAGGGGCCAGCAGGGCCUGGUACUCAGCCUGCAUCGUACUCUCACUCCACAGCCUGUGGUGCUGUAGAGAAUGUUCUCUCAGUGCACCAACGCAGACCGGACCCCUUGCCACGGCGGCAGCACAGGGGCCGGAGGCUCAGUCCCCCGGCAGCCUCAGCCACGACUAUGGCUGUUUCUCAGAACAAGGGGCACAAGGGCGGCAGCCCACAAGCCCCGCGAGUGGCAGCCACUGCUUUCCCAAGGCCACCCCCUUCCCGACACCAUCUCCCCUGGAGGAGCCUGUGGCCACUGCUAGCACCCCCUCGCCCCUGGGGGGUGGUUCUCGCCUUCUCCAGCCGGCCUCCAGAGUGGAACCCCAGUUGGCGUCUGCACCUUCGAGGCCUGCACCCGUCCCUGGGCCCCGUCCCUAGGCCUCUUUGGGCUCAGGGGCACUGGGAUGGCUGCAGAGAGGGCAGUCAGGUGGAAAGGAACCGGAGAGAACUGGUCCAAGAGGAGCACUGGUCCUGGAGCCCACCAGAGUGGGCAGGCUGGGCAGGGCUGGCUCCCCAGGGCCGGGUGAAGAGGGGAGGUGUGCCCGGCCUGAGUGGGGGCAGGGGCCGCCCUUGUCAGGCCCCUCCGGGAGUGGCGAGGCCCUGAAUCGGGGUGAGCCAGUUCUGCUCUGCUUUUCCCCGCUGGAGCUGGGGAGGGCCCCAGGGUGGGAGCUGCUAAGACUGCAGUCUUAACCACUGACUGUGAGUCUCUGCCAGCUCUACGGUAACAGACAGGUCUUAGGCCAGGCCUCGGGGCUCACUGGAAACAGAGAACAGUGGAGAAUGGUUCCAAAAGGUCCUGGAGACCUGCUGCUCUGGGUGGUCGAGGGCUUUGGAGACGUGCACUGUUUUUACAGACACUUAGGGUCGGGAUCAGGCCAGCCCAGGCCCUCAGUGAGACCAUUUCAUGCAUGUUCUCUGCGUUCAGUGGGGAAGGGGUACCACCAGGGCUGUCAGCUGGAAUUGCCCUUCCUAUUUUCAGAGGAGGAAGCAGGCUCAGGAGACUCACACCUUGUCCAAGUCACGCAGUCAGUGGUGGAGCAGAACUCAAACUUUCUUGUCAGUCUCUGAGGCCCCCCUGGGUUCUUGCCAACACCCCCCCACCUGGUGCCCAGCCUCCUGCCCCAUGAUGCCCCAGACACAGCUCACCAGGGACUGGCUGCUGUGCACGGCCUCCAGUGUGCUUGGACUCUGAAAAGUCGAAGGCCAGUUCCAAGGUCCCAUGUGGUCCAGGAACAUGUUUUCCUGUGGCAGGGCAGGGCCCAUUGUGCCGGUUUCCGAGGGGAGCCGCGGCAUGAGCAGAGGAAAAGCGGAUCUCGGCAGAGGGCCCUGACCCCCCUCCACUACGAAGCCAUCUCGGUUGUGCAGGUGAGCAGAUUCAAAAUCAGUCACAGAGGCUUGGGCACAAAGGGAUCCUCUUCCGAGAACGUCUCUCUAUGCUGUUUGGUCUCUAGAGAUAGAAUCACUUUUUUACGGCAGUAAAGAGAUAACAAAGGGUGGUAUAAUG